CAGGAAUCGGCCGCCGCAGUCGGUGUAACGGUCGUUUCGGGAAACGGUAGCGCGUACCGUCGCCGACGCUUGCUCUCGAGAAUUCGCAGCCCCGUCUUCACACCCCCUAUCGUUAUGGUCCUGCAGAGAUUUGCUACAUCUAGAUAUUGGUACUCAAGACGUUUCAAAAAACGUGGCAGGGGCGGUUCUCUGAGUUGCCUAGUCGUCGAAUCAGAUGGCGGUGACUUGGGUAUUGCGAUGCCGCCGACUGCCAUGAGACUGGACAGUCCGCCGAUCACUAACCACAACGAAAACCUAACCAAUAACAACAAUAACGACGUCGUCGUCAAAGGCGGCGGCAAGGACGUUUCCGGCCCAGAGCUGGAGCUGCUAGCCAAGCUGGAGGAGGCGAACAGGCUCUACGAGUCGGACGCCAAGUCGCUCAACUCGCUGAGCGGCGCCUCGGGACACUCGCGCAAAGGGUCCGACACGUCGCAGAUAUCCUUGACGUCAGGGGCCAGUUCCACCCACGAGAGGGGGGAGGAUGGCAGCGAGGAGGAGAGGUGGACCAAAUGGGGUCACAUAGUGAACGACUGGGAAAACAAUUGGAAAAAGCAGAAUGCGCAGAUCAAGGAGCUUGUGCGCAUGGGCGUGCCGCAGCACUUCCGGCCGAUCGUGUGGCAGCUCUUGUGUUCCGCCACUGAAGCUCCGGAAAAAAAAUUAUAUGCCGAAUACAUAAAGACGAAAUCUCCUUGCGAAAAGGUGAUCCGCAGGGACAUCGCCCGGACUUAUCCGGAACACGACUUCUUCAAAGAAAAGGACGGCCUUGGGCAGGAAUCUCUUUUUAACGUCAUCAAGGCCUACUCCCUGCACGAUCGGGAAGUCGGCUAUUGUCAGGGUUCAGGAUUUAUAGUAGGCCUCUUACUUAUGCAGAUGCCGGAAGAGGAAACCUUUGCAGUACUUGUAAAAAUAAUGCAAGACUACAGGAUGAGGGACAUGUUUAAGCCCAGUAUGGCCGAAUUAGGUCUGUGCAUGUACCAACUCGAGAACCUCGUAUCCGAGUACAUCCCUGACUUGAGUCAGCACUUUCAGUCGCAAAACUUCCACACCUCAAUGUAUGCGUCCAGUUGGUUUUUGACGCUGUUCACCACCGCCUUGACUCUGCCCCUGGCCUGCAGAAUCAUGGACGUUUUCUUGUCUGAAGGCAUGGAGAUCAUUUUCAAGGUGGCUCUGGCCAUGUUGACCUUGGGCAAAGAGGAGCUGAUGUCUCUGGAUAUGGAAGGAAUGUUGAAGUUUUUCCAAAAAGAACUUCCGGUCAGAGCGGAAUCGGACCCUGAGGGACUCAUGCAAUCGGCAUAUUCCAUGAAAUAUAACGCCAAAAAAAUGAAGAAGUUGGAAAAGGAGUAUAACGUUAUUAAAACCAAGGAACAAGAGGAAAUGACAGAACUUAAGAGACUGAGGACGGAGAACAAGCAGCUGAGGCACAGAUGCGAGAUGCUCGAGGAGGAGAGCAAGGCGCUCGCUGAUCGCCUGGUGCGCGGUCAAGUGAGCCGUGCCGAGGAGGAGGAGACCACGUUCGUGGUGCAGAGGGAGCUGGACGCCUUGCGGCACACCCACCUGGAGACGACGCACCAGCUUGCGCUCGCCAACGAGAAGAUACGCUCGCUGUCGCUCAUGAUGGAGGAAACGCACACGUCGCGACAGUCCUCGAUGGAGGAAAUCACGCUGAAGCAGGAGCAGCUGCAGCAGCGCGAGGAGAUGAUCGAGUGCCUGCAGGACGAGCUGGUUAAGGUGCGGCUGCGCGAAGCGGAAAACGACGCGCUCAUCCGCGAUCUCAGAUCGAGGAUCCACGAGCUGGAAGAGGACAAGAAGACCCUGCGGGAAAUCACCCCUGACAACAGCGUGGCGCACCUGCAAGAGGAGCUCAUCGCCGUGAAGCUGCGCGAAGCUGAAGCUAACCUGUCGCUGAAGGAUCUAAGGCAGCGGGUCUCGGAGCUGAGUCAGCAGUGGCAGCGGCAUCUGCAGGAUCAAAAACAGGAGCCGAAUUCUUCCAACGACGCUUUAAGUACUCCCAAAAAGCUGCUGUUCUGGGAGAAUAGACACAAUGAGACUCAGAAGUUGGAGGAGGAACUUAUGACAACUAGAAUUAGGGAAAUGGAGACAUUGACUGAAGUUAAAGAGCUUAGACUUAAGGUUAUGGAGCUGGAAACUCAGGUGCAGGUGAGCACGAACCAGCUGCGCAGGCAGGACGAGGAGAUCAAAAAGCAGCGCGAGUCGCUGGAGUCGGCGGAACUGAGGGACAGGGAGGCGGCCGCGCGGCUCUUGGAAGAGCAGAGGCGGUACUCGGAUCUGGGGAGCAAGAUGCAGGACGAGCUGAUGCGCGCCAGGAUCAGCGACGCGGAAAAAACGCAGGCCAUGGCGGAGCUGACGCAGAAAAUCAGCCAGCUGGAGUUGAAGAGUCAAGAAAUUGCGACAGAGGGCGAACUUAGAAUUCAUUCAGUAGAUGAUAGUGAUAGAGUUAGAGAGCUUCAGGAUAAAGUAGCGGACCUCAAAGCCGAAGUCAUGAGGCUGGAAUCUUUCAAGCAAAGAUGGAUAGGCGGAGGUAGGCAACCCGAGCAACGUUCCUCCUCGAUAGACAGCACUGGGACGAACGAAGAAGACAAAAUCCGCCUCGACGACCCCUCCCUCCACCUCCACCUCCAAAACGACGAAGACGCCCUCUGACGUCAGAACUGCCGAGUCUAAGGAUAGAUUUUUAAGUGCAGAGUGCUGAAAACGAUGAACAGUUCGCAAAAAAGACUGUAACAGUGAAAGAAAUUAAAUGAAAUGAAAACGUGAGUAAAUUUUUCAUAAUUUGACAUUUUCUUUGCCCCACGAUUAGGACUAAUCGCCCUUGUUUUAUUAAAUAUUUAUUUAAUAAAACUCCCCCCAAACACGAAUAUUGGAAAAUAUGAAAUCUGUACUAAACUUAGAUGCAGAGCUGGAAGUAUCUUGAAAAAAAAAGAUACUUAAAAGUAACUUAGAUACUUAACUUAGUUACUUUGGAAAAGUAUCUUGUAACUUGUAGCUUAAAAAGUAUCUAAGUUACUGGGUAAAGUAACUAAGAAGUAAUUAUCUAACCUAUGUUUAUAAUUUUAUAGUUUUUAUUCAAACUUAAAAGUAACUUAGUUACUCAAAAGUAUCUUAGUUACUUAAAAGUAUCACGUGCAAAAUAAUCGAUCCACACAAAUUUUCGAUAAAUUUCAAUCGCAAAUAACUUUUUAAUUUGAUUUCGGAUUUAAACAAAUAUUAAGGAAUAUUGCAGAUACAUUAAUGAAGAAUCGCUCACAUUUUAAAAAUUACUAAAAAAUACACGUACGUUUAUAAUAUACAGGUUUAAACAAAAAGAUGUUUUUAACAUAAGUUUAAGACACUCUGUAGAGUGGCAAAACCGUAUAUUGUUAUAAAUUAAGUUUUAAUUAUUAAGUCACAUCUAUUUUUAACAGUUUUGUUUUUGGUUCACCUCGAUAUAUUUAUUUUUGUGGAAAAUAUGGAUUUAAAAAAAAACAUUGCAAUUUCCAAUAUUUUUCCUGUAUGAAGAACUAAGGUUGCUAUGGUCCAUCCAUAGCCUAUGGAGGAUGACAGUGACAGUUUUGUUGAAUCAUCCCAUACUUGGGCAUGUCAUCUACAGCUUUCAAAAGCUAUCAAAUUAUUUUUUUGUAAAUUAAUGUGUUAAUUUUGAGGUGUCUUCUUACUUUUAAAAAUGUCUCCGACUGAUGUUGCCCUUUGUACUUUACUUCUUGUGACGUUUAAAACACUUGCCACGUAAUACUGUGACCGUCCAUCCUGGAUUAAAUUAAUGGCUCUGGCAACAUCAGUCGGAGACAUAUCAAUUUUUGAAAGUAAGAAGACAGCUCAAAAUUUAAACAUUAAUUUGCAAAAAACAAUUUGAUAGCUUUUGAAAGCCGUGUAUGACAUGUCCAAGUAUGUGAUGAUUCAACAAAACUGUCACUGUUAUUCUCCAUAGUCUAUGGAUGGACCAUAGCAACCUUAGUUCUUCAUACAGAAAAAUAUUGGAAAUUGCAAUGUUUUUUUUUUUAAUCCAUAUUUUCCACAAAAAUAAAUAUAUCGAGGUGAACCAAAAACAAAACUGUUAAGAAUAGAUGUGACUUGAUAAAUAAAACUUAAUUUAGAACAAUAUACGGUUUUGCCACUCUACAGAGGGUCUUAAACUUAUAGUAAAAAACAUAUUUUUGUUUAAUCCUGUAUAUUAUAAACGUACGUCUAUUUUUUAGUAAUUUUUUAAAAUGUGAGCGAAUGUCCAUUAAUUUAUCUACAAUAUUCUUUAAUAUUUGUUUAAAUCCGACAUCAAGUAAAAAAGUUAUUUGCGAUUGAAAUUCAUCGAAAAUUUUUGUGGAUCGAUUAUUUUGCCUGUGAGUGUAGAUACUUUUCAGAAGUAACUUUCCCAGCUCCGCUUAGAUUUAAGUAUAAAAUUGCAUGGUUACUUUUCUGCACCAUUGGCUCUCUUAAUUUAACUUAAAAUUGCCUAUAAUUGCUAUAUUUUGUGAAUAUUAAUGUAAAUAUAAUUGGAAAUUUAUUAAAAUAUAAAAUUCUUCGCGAAGUGCAGGGUACAAACACAUAUGAAAUGUAUCAGAGAUUAUAAUUAUAAUUAUUUAAUUUAAUUGAAAAAAAAAACUAUAAAAAAUAUUUUAUAUUCUAUUUAUUUACAAUACUUUUAAUAUUAUUUCUACUUACUGUACUUAAUUGUUCUUAAAUGGGUUAAUGUCUUUAUAAAAACAAAAUUGUUUUUAUAAAGACACUGCGCCUCAAAAUUAACGCAUAAUAAAUAAAAAAACGCCUUUAUGAAAUUGUGAUAAAAAUACUUCAACUUAUUUAUUUAAUAAUAAAAAACGUUCGAAAAAUAACUUUUAGGGAUUUUUUUAUUAACUAAAAAAUUUGCUGUUAAAGACCGUAUUUUUGUUAGUAUACCCUGAAAAUUUUGUACAAAUCAAACAAACACUAACGAAGAUACAGCGCUUCAAAGUCGGUAAAAAAAUUUUGAUUAUUUUUGACGACUUUGAAGCGCUGUAUUUUCGUUACUGUUCGUUUGAUUUCUACAAAAUUUUCAGGGUAUACUAAGAAAAAUACGCUAUUUUACAGCAUAUUUUUAUUUUUGAGCAUUUUUUAUUAUUAUAUAUUAUUAUUAUUAAGUUAAAGUAUUUUCAUCCAAAAUUUUAUAAAGAUUGGUAAAGGCGUUUUAGAGUUGGAUUUUUGUACUUGUUAUGCGUUAAUUUUGACGCCCAGUGUAUGUUUUUAUAACUUUUAUUUGUCUCUGAAAUGCCUGUAUAAAAUAAUUCAACAUAUUCCUGUGAAAAAAGUUUUCGAUUUUAUGAAAUAACUUUGAA